AUGAUAAACACUUUGAAACGCACAGAACGCUAUGAAAAGAAGCUAGGUAUAGAUGACACAACCCACAGUUCUCAGUGCUCAGACGUUUAUGAAGUAAUUUCAAAUCCACCAAGUACAGACCCAUUGGAGAACACCACGACAGACUAUAAACCAUCGUUCAAAAAAGCAAAACGGCAAGUCAAAAAGGUCAACCCCAUAAAGGUUAGGAGUAAUUCCAAUAAUGAAUUAAUGAUUAAGAAGAACCCAAAGAAGACUCCAAUUCAAUGCAGAAAAGUUCAAACCAAAAAAGAAGAAGAUUCAAGUGAAGAGAUUAGCGAUCAAAACAAAGAGACCACUUCAAGUGACAAAAACAGUGAAAGUGAGAGGUCUUCAAACGAAGAGUCGUCACGUUCAACUCAAAGUUCCUCAGAAACGUCAAGUAAAAGUGAUGAGACGGGUAUCACACCACCUUUUACAAUAACAAGCAAAAACGACAUAAAACAAAAGAAAAAAGAACAAGCGAAGAAAUCAGUCAAAUCAAAAAAACGUGUUAAAACAACUAAAAAAGGUGUAAAGAAAAAAAGUGUUCCCAAAAGAAAGAAAGAGGACUCGAAGAACAUCAAAACUCCAAAUGUUUUUGAAGUCUUAAAACCAAAACCAAGAAGGAAAGAAACUGCAUUGGACUUGACAACGAAAAUGCUCACACGAAGCACUUCGCCCAGUAAAAUCAAAGAGAAUGUCAUUAAGAGUGUGAUGAGACAAACAAUUGACCCAAAAGAUUCGACAACAAUGAACAAGGACAGCUCACAACAGAACUUUGAUUUCAGUGAUGACGAGAAGAAGAACGACAAAAUAGAACGUGGUUAUACUGAUAAAAACAAACAAACAUCAGUGAGUGCGACGAUAUCAUCAGAGAGUGACAGCGAGGAUUUGAAUCAAAAUAUUGUGCCAUAUGACGGUGAAGAUGAGAAACAAAUUGAAGAAGAGAUGAACCGGAGAUUAGAGGAUCUAGCACAAAUGGUGUGCGGCAGAAUGAGUCAACAAAAGUUGGAGUUUGGGAUGGAGGAAGAGGAAUUGAUCGGGUCAGAGUAUCUUGAACCCAAAGUGUUUGAAGAGUAUCACAGUUUUGAAGACGAUGAAGGGGUUGAGAAAAAAGUCAAGAUCUGCUUUUCUGGGUUCGACGACGAAGAGAUCAAAGCGUACCAAAAGCGGCUUUGGGGGUUGAGAUUUAUUCAAAUAGUGAAUAAUGUGCGUGGGAGUACAACACAUUUGAUAGUGAAAGGAUAUGUGCGGACAAAGAAGGUGAUCUUAGCGAUGUGUACAGGGUGUUGGGUACUCAAUUCUUUGUGGAUAGACAAGUGUAUUGAAAAGGGGAAAAUUGUGAAAGAAGACCUUUACAAACAGAUGAUAGGAGAGAGGGGAAAUGGGGAAGGUGUAGUGUUAGAUAUCUUUAAAGGGUAUACCAUGUGGGUAAAAACCUUUGAGAACUCGAAGUUUGUUGAAAAGAUCAUUAAAAUGAGUGGUGGAGUUCUUGAUCGAAGUGCACUCUUUGUUGUCGGCACUGAAGAGGGAGAAGUCACAAAAGAAUGGAUUUAUGAUUCUGUUUGUGAUGGAAUGGUUCAUCUCAUGGACGAAUAUGUACAAUAA